UUCGUCCUGCACGGCAUCCCCACCGGACCUUCAGCUCCAUCACGCCCUCGUGCACGAGUCUGCGGCCAUGGAGCUCUCCGCCUUUCGCCUCUUCCCGUUCCGUGGCCCUGCUUACGAUUGCCGCCGCGUCGUGGCGAUGGGAGAAGUGUUUGCAGGAGACGACGCGCUUCACCGAUGAAGCCCUGCCUCCAGAACGACGACAAACGCGCUGGCAAAACCACAAGGAGAGGUGCGGCACAGCCAUUUGAAGGUGCGCACGUGCGGCGGGUGGUGCAGAUAGAUGCGCGUUCCUCUGCUGAUGGCUGUGGUGUAUUAUGUGCAGUGGCACUUCAGAAUGGUCGGGCAACGCUGCUUCUUCGAGCUCAAGGCCAUGCUGUGCGACACCGCCAACCAAGCCACUCACGCCAAGAUUCGUCCGCAUGUGAGAAACCGUCACAGCAGGAGCACUCCCAGGGUGUCAGACGACAUGAAAAACAUGACAAUUCUGACUUCAUGUCUUUCAGGUGCGCAUUGGCGCCUGCCGCCCAACCGAUUGUCGAGAGCGUCCUUGGGCCAGGCGUCGAGGAUAGAUCAUCAUGGGGGGAAAAGAGACGAAUUGGACUCAUGCAUGGAUGGGUGGAUCUUUGUUGAUAAACGCAGGUUCUGACGGACCUUCGGGUCAAGGAGACGGCCCGAGGUGAGGGUCUGCAUCGCCACGGGACUCCUCCCCCCGCCCAAGAUGGUCCACUAUGACACCUACGUCAAGGCUGAUGGCGAGUAAGACGACAGCCACCAACACACCAGAGGGAUGACUAACGUGACGCACGUGCAACGGAUGGAUGGAUGGAUGGGUUGUUGAUGGUGUGGAUGAAUGAGUGCAGUAUACUCAAAGUGGAAGGAGGCGUAUGGGUGGAGGAGCGCCUCUACAUGGGACAGGUGGUCAACAGUGCUACAGGGGCCGUACCUUCGUCAGCACCCCCCUCGCCCCAACCACUUUCCUCACCACCACAACCCCACACCAGAAUGGAGGCACUCAAUGGGUGAGAGAGAGGGGAGCAUGAGCUGAGGGCGAGCAGAAUCUGUGUCUUUCUUGUGUGGUGUUUGCUUAUCCAUGCAGACCUAGAAGGCCCUGCAGCAGCGGCAGCAGCUGCAGCAGGAGUUGCUGAAGACGUCCUGGUGCCAUCACCAGAUGGCGGCGAAGUCGCCGGGUGGGUAAUGUACCUCACGCACCCACACGCCGAGACAGGCACACAGACAUUGAGCCAAACGACUCUCGCUAUCUGUCUGUCUGUCUGUCUGUCACCAGCUUCCCUCCGCCCAUAUUGCAGCAGCCUGACGGCGACAUCGAUGACGAUGUGCCACUGGCUGCCCGCCGCAAGCGCCGACAUCGAGAGCCGGCCGCCACCAUAGAUGGAGAUCGCCAGGACGGCCGUCCAUCACCGCCCAAGAUGGUCCACUAUGACACCUACGUCAAGGCUGAUGGCGAGUAAGCCGCCAGCCACCACACACACCAGAGGGAUGACGCACGUACUACGGAUGGAUGGAUGGAUGGGUUGUUGAUGGUGUGGAUGAAUGAGUGCAGUACACUCAAAGUGGAAGGAGGCGUGUGGGUGGAGGAGCGCCUCUACAUGGGACAGGUGGUCAAGGUGCAGUGCUACAGGGGCCGCACCUUCGUCAGCACCCCCUCGCCCCAACGCCAGCCGCUUCCCUCACCACCACAACCCCGCACAAGGCCACCCCUUCCACUCCACCAAUCGCACACAGGAUGACCGGUAAGCGGGCGAUGGAUGGAUGGACACAUGGGCUGGGCGAUGCUGAGAUGCAUGGAUCUCUGUCUUUAUACAGGACUGUGCCCAGGGCGACGGUCCACGAGAGGACCUACCUGGGCGAGGUCAAGGGCCGGUUCCUGACGCCCACCUUGACCCACUACGACGAGUACACGACGUCGAACCACGAGUAAGACGGGCGGCAGACGAGAGGGAUGAUGGGCACACAACAAACGGAGGGAUGCAUGGCUCAGUCAUUCGGUGUGAUCUGUGUGUGUGGAUGAGUGCAGCGUGUUCGACAAGGUCGUGCUCGAGUCCCGGUGGCGACUCGGGUGCGUCAAGGUGCGGUGGUGGUACCUUCAUCCCCCGCCACGCCCGCUACAGGACACAGAAGGGCAAGUAAGUGACGAUAAGUGGGAAGAUGGACUCGAAAAUGGAUCCAUGGAUGGGCCGGGAUCUGCUGCCGCCCCUCCUGUGUGCAGACUCGUGAAGAAGGCGCUGGUCACGACGAGGACCUACCUCGGUGACGUCAAGGUGCGCGUCCUCUCCCCCCGACUGGUGCAGUACGACACCUACACCACCGCCGACCACGAGUAAGACGGCGACAGACAAGAGCGAUGACGGGCAUACAAACUGCGUGUUGUUAAUGGUGUGGUCUGUAUGUGUGGAUGAAUGAAUGAAUGCAGUGAACUAGAGGAUGUGCUGGUGUACGAGUCCUACCGACUGGGGUGCGUGAAGGUGCGGUCCUGGUACAGCGGCCGCACCUUCACUGCCCUCAAGCCGCCACCCACCAUCAUAGAAGCCGUGAAGCUAGGCACCAAGGAGGCCACGGCUGCCCCUCUCGCUGCCGGCGCGUCUGCCUCGACUCUGUUUGAGUCAGGGCAGACACAUGCGCCUGACAGCCCAGCCAGUGGCUCACGCCGCGGCAGUGUGAGCCCCGACCAUGGUGCGGCCUCCCCCCGUCGCGGCAGUCAGCCGCAACUGCCGCCCGUCCAGGAGCAGCCUGAGGGAGAGGGCACGACUGAGGGCGCGGCUGAGGGCACUGAAGGGCAGCAGGGAGAGGGAGAGGGGGAGGUUGAAGGCAAUUGGUUGAAGGUGUGGGCGGAGGUGGUGUGCGUGGGGCAGGGUGGGGAGGGGGAGGCGACAUAGCCGCAGCAGCAGCAGCAGCAGCCCUUAAGCCAGCCACCAUGGGGGCGGGCGGAGGUGAGGGAAAGAGAGAGGAGCAUGAGCUGAGGGCGAGCAGAAUCCGUGUCUUUCUUGUCAGGAGGGGCAGGCACCUUUGUGGGCAUCGUUGUCUACAUUUUAUAUUCUGAUGUCUCUGCUUGGAAGAAUCAACGCGUCACGUAAGUGAGAAUGGUGGGUGGGGAAAUGGAUAAAUGGAUGGAUGGAUUGUGUCUCUCUAUGUGCAGGAGUGUGCAGAAGCGCUGGCGAGGGAGCGGACCUACCUCGGCAAGCUGAAGGGGCGCCUCCCGCCGCCACCAGAACCACCACCUACCCCCCUGCACAACACACGACGGGACGUAAGUGGGACGAUGGGUGCGAGAAAGGAUGAUGGAUCGAUACAUGGGUUGGGCAAUGCUGGAUGGAUGGAUGGAUCUCUGUCUUUAUACAGGAUUGCGCCCAAGACGACGGUCCUCUCACCAUCCACCAUCACUACCCCACCAUCCACCGCCACACCCGCCAUCCCAGCACCCCUCAUCGAGGCCGUGAAGCGGGGCACCAAGGACGGCAAGGAGGCCACGGCUGCCCCUCUCGCUGCCGGCGCGUCUGCCUCCACUCUGUUUGAGUCGGGGCAGACACAUGCGCCUGACAGCCCAGCCAGUGGCUCACGCCGCGGGAGUGUGAGCCCCGACCAUGGUGCGGCCUUCCCCCGUCGCGCCAGCCAGUCUGCAGCUGCCGCCCGUAUGCAGGGGCAGCAGCAGAAUCUGCGCACUUCUGACAACGAAGUGAG